UGUAGAGUGAAGUGUGAGACCACAAAAAUAACCGUAGUGUGCCGUUCCACUGAAUACUUUCCAUCUUUCUUCUUCUUCUCCCUAAACCCUGAUUUCACAGUCCGUACUUGGGCUUUAAGUCCCUCCCUCAUACACAGACCCCCCAACCCGAGUUAACUCAUACACUACACUCACACUGGACUCGGUCCUCGGAAAGCCAUGAAAUCCGUGCUGAUUGCUCGUAGACUCUCUAGGUUUUUCAAAUCUCCGAUUUUUCUCAACUCUGAUCGCUUCAUCGCUCCUAAUGUUCAAAUCUCCGAAGCUCUAUACACUUCUCUUCAAUGGCGGAACAACAUCAGCUUCUGUGCUCAUUCACCCUUAUUCAAUGGCACUCACUCAGAAAUAGAACAAUGUGCAUUGUCUAAGAGGACGCUGCCACGAGCAAAUUUUUCAUCAAAAGCAAGUAUUGUUGAAGGCAGUCCCACAGAGGCUGUGAAGGAGCUCUAUGAUCAAAUUAUCCAAUCCGUGGCUGUUAAACGAACAAUGUCUCCAAAUGCUUGGUUAUGGUCUUUGAUAGAAAAUUGUAAAAACCAUGAUGAUGUCAAGCUUCUUUUUGAUGCUUUGGAGAACCUCCGAAGAUUUAGAAUGUCGAAUCUUAGAAUUCCUGAUAAUUUUAAUUCUAAUCUCUGCCGAGAAGUUACCAAAACAUGUGCACGUGUAGGGGCCCUUGACUUCGGUAAGAGAGCCUUGCGGAAGCAUAAUGUACAUGGAUUAACUCCUAGUAUUGGAUCUGCCCACCAGUUACUGUUGUAUGCCAAGGAGAACAAUGAUGCUAAACUUAUGGUCGAAAUAAUGGAACUUCUAGAGAAGAAUGACUUACCAUUACAACCUGGUACAGCAGAUAUUGUUUUCGGCAUUUGUUACAACACUGAUAAUUGGUCAUUGAUGACCAAAUAUUCAAAAAAGUUUAUCAAGGCAGGAGUCAAGCUACGACAAACCUCUUUUGAUGUGUUGAUGGAGUUUGCUUCUAAAAUAGGAGAUGUUGAAUCACUACGGAUAAUUGAGAAGUCGAGAUCUGAGUCUAUGAAGAAUCAUACUCUUUCAACCGGAUUUUCAUGCGCUAAGGGGUGUCUUUUAGAACACAAGCCGGAGGCUGCUGCUACCAUCAUUCAAGUCCUAAACCAGGAUCUACCAGAGGCAAAAAAGUCAAGUAUCAUGGUUGAACUACAAAAACUGGUAACUGAGUGGCCCGUGGAGGUUAUCAAGCGCCAAAAGGAAGAGACCAAGAAGGAAUUAGCUGCGUCUUUGCAAACUGAUAUUCCUGCCAUGAUCAAUGCGCUCAUUAACAUGGGUUUAGAAGCUAGUGUAAACAUGGAAGACCUCACUGGCAAAGAAGGUAUUCCUAGUUAAAGCUCCUGAGGUAGAUCAUGAUUAAAGCUCUCUUCAUUGGUCAUCCAUAGAAGAAACAUACACUAUAGGUGUACCAUCCCCCAUCAGAGCCCCUUCGGAGCAUAAGAAAUUUUUCUUUAUUACUUUUUUGGAUGUAAUACAUUCCAUUCAGCAAAUUUUGGUUGUCUUCUAAUUUUUGAUACGUUUACAAUGUACAAAUCUAUAAUAAUAGACCCUAAUUGUCAUUUUGGUUGGUUUGCCAUUUAAACGUGAACUGAAAUGAAGAUUGAUUUGGGAUUAAGCUAAAAGAUGAAAGCUAUUUCUUGUUUGUAACAUGUCAUUAAUGAACAUAUGUAUAUGUAUGGUAAGCUCUCUUUCUCCCCA